GACUCCGCUAACCCAGAAAUAGUGCUUCAGGUUAAGAACUGUUUCAGGUUAAGAACAAGUCCUUAACCCGAGGUACCACUGUAUUCUUUAGGCAUUCUUCACCCCAAGUUCCCAGGGUGUGUUACAGCAUUAAAAACAACAUUAAAAACCUUUUGAAACUCUGCUCCAUGAGGUGCUUCCUUGUCUCUGUCCUGACAGGAGAUGGGAAAGUGAAUUGGUGUUUACAUGCCAGAGAAGAAGCUGCCUUGGUCUGUUGCAAGAAAUGCAAUAUCGGAGGCAUGCGGCACCUUCAGAGACCCAGCAAAAGUUCUUGCAAGAAGUGUGGUGCUAUGCGCACAUGUGGUUUGAGGAUCAGGAAUGUGAGCAGCCAGGUCUGGAGGAGAGGAAGUGUGGAAAGGGCAGGUGGCGAUAAUGAUCUCACUGGCAAGAGAUUGCAUUUCCAAGAGAUUGAAGAGCUAAUGCAGCAGUUCCAUGUUCCAAGUAUGUUACAGUGAUCUGCUGUAGACUGUAAUAAAUUCGUUGUUAUUUGUAAAGUUAGUGGCUUAAAGGAGAGCGAGAAAAAUUCAAACAAUAGCAAUCAACUUUCCUAGAAUGUAGAUUGUAUAGCUAUAUAUCUCAUAGUCAAGCAAUAUACAAAAAGAGAAUGUAAGAAUUCUCUUUAAGGUGCCGUGAAACACUUUUUUUGGUGGUAUUUUAUGUGAAGCACUGGAAGUUUCUGGAUCCAGAGUACAUUAUUUGAAGUGCAACAAGGAGCUGUUUCAAAUAAACAUUUAUAUAAAAUGAGCAAGAACUUUGACGUGCAUAGGCUUCAACCCAACGCCCACCAUAAAACACAGGAAGCUCCCUUAUACUGAGAUACAGCUAUUCCUAUAUUGUCUACACUGACUGGUAGCAGACACAGGAUUUCAGAUGAGAGACAUUCCCAGCCUCUACCAGGAGAGACUGGUGAUGACACCUGGGUCUUUUGCAUGCAGGGCAGAUGGUCUGGCACUGAGUUACGGCCUUCCCAAACAAGACAUGUCCUCCUGCUGAGUCAGACCAUGCCUCCAUGUAGCUUAGUAUUACCUGCACUGGCUUGGCAGCAGCAGCAGGUUCAAUGCUGCUCCUAUUCACAGCAGACCCCUUGGGAUUAAUGAACCUGAGUGAGUCCUCUCCGUUAACUUCCAUGGCUGUAUUCUGAGUAGGGCUAGCAGUGAAUAUCUCACCCCAAUCUCCCAGCCUAGUGGGAGACUGAGUGGGAAACGGGUAAGUUGACCUGUGUAGGAUUGCACUCUGAACGUUGCCCAAUAACGGCGUUUGCAACCCCAUCCAGAACCUGAACUGCGCGAUCCUAUGCAUGUUUCCUCUCAAGUCAGUCCCCUUGGGAUAAGAAGAGCAGGAUUCAACACUCUCCACCCCUGUGGCUUCCAGCAACUGGAACUGGUCCCACCCUCUUCUAAACCGUCUAAGUUGGUGGCCACCCCUGCUUCUUCCUGUGGCAGUGAGUUCCACAGAUGACCUCCACGCCGAGUGAAGGACUUCUUCUUUCCGUCUGCCCUGAACCUUCCCACAACAUUCAACUUGGCUCGGGAUUUCAAGGAGGCUUCCUCCCUGCAGCGGUGGAUCUCAAAUUUCAGGGGUCCUCUGUGCGAAGCCAAAACUCUGCGCCCACCCUGCUCCCCUAAAUCCGCCGCUGCUCCCUGCGCCUUCAGGAUCGCAGCAACCUGCGCGGCCAGGCUAGCCGGUGAGGGUCUGCAGGAGGCAGAGAAACUGAAAAAGCCCACCACACCCCCCCAAAAUAUUUUAAGCUCCCCCAUGAGCUGACACUGCAAGCUGAGGGCGAGAUGAAGGGCGCGCGCGCUCAGGGCGCAUUUGGAGACGUCGCUGGCCAGCUCCUUGGAAAGGAAGACGCAUUUGGGGACCCUGCGGAGCCCCUUCUUCCCCGCCGGGUGCCCAGCCCAGCCUGGCCGGAGGGCGUCUCCUCUGCUCUCCCCCUUCCUUCCUCCGUCCCUCCCUCCGCCGGCCGAAGCGGAUCCGGUUCACGAGCUGGACGUGGGUGGCUCCCGCCGGCCUCUCCGCGCAGCUCGGAUCCGCCUCCGGAGGCGCCCGCUCGCUUCGCAUCCCGAGGAGGAGAUGCUCGGCCCGGAGUUCCCAUAACCCACACUGGAGCCCAUGUGAUGCGGCAGGACAGGGGGCAGGUGACGCUGGACGACGUCACGGUCUCCUUCUCCCCGGAAGAGUGGGCAGGGCUGCAGGAGUGGCAGCGAAGGCUCCACCGUGACGUCAUGCGAGAGAACUACGAACUGCUCGCCUCUCUGGGCUGCGACCUCCGAGUCAAGGAUGAAGAAGGGGAGUCCGGGGAGGAAGACGGCCGAGGGCUCUUCUCGGAGAUGGUGCUCCGGCGCUGGAAGCCCGAGGGCAAGACCUCGCGCCCUCAGGAAAACGGCAGCAACGUGGCUGGCGAGCCUGCGGGUGGGGCGGGACUCCUGUCUCAGAGGCUGCCUGGUGCCGAAGAAGGAAGGGAUCCCGGAGGGGAAGAGUCGUGCCCCCUAACCUGCCCAGACUGCGGGAAGCGCUUCAAGAGCAAAACCUCCUGUUUGACGCACCAGCGCAUCCACACCGGCGAGCGCCCCUUUGGCUGCCCCGAGUGCGGGCGGCGCUUCACCCAGCGGCAGCACCUGGGCACCCAUCUGCGGGUGCACGGCGGGGAGCGCCCCUUCUCCUGCGGCGAGUGCGGCGCCGCCUUCCGGCUGCAGAAGCUGCUGCUGACGCACCGGCGCAAGGCGCACUCUGGGGAGCCGCCUCUGGCGUGCACCGACUGCGGGAAGCUGUUCAGCCACAAGCACCACCUGAUGACGCACCAGCGGGUGCACACGGGCGAGCGCCCCUUCCCCUGCCCCCAGUGCGGGAAGUGCUUCACCCAGAAGCACCACCUGCAGACCCACCAGCGGGGGCACUCGGGGGACCGCCCCUUCCCCUGCCCCGAGUGCGGGAAGGCCUUCAAGGACCGGGCCGGGGUGCUGAUGCACCGCAUCGUCCACACGGGCGCCAAGCCCUUCGCGUGCCAGCGCUGCGCCAAGAUCUUCAGCCACAAGCACCACCUGGUGAUCCACCAGCGCGUCCACACGGGCGAGAAGCCCUUCUCCUGCCAGGUGUGCCGCAAGCGCUUCACCCAGAAGCACCACCUGCUCAGCCACGAGCGCAUCCACACCGGCGAGCGCCCCUACGCCUGCCCCGCCUGCCCGCGCAGCUUCAAGGACCGCAUCACCCUCAAGCUGCACGUGCGGCUCCACACGGGCGAGAAGCCCUUCUCCUGCGGGCGAUGCGGAGAGAGCUUCCGCCUGCGCAAGGCCCUGCUCUCCCACCAGAGGGCGCACGACGCACCCGCCCAGCUCAUCUGCACCGAGUGCGGGGAGAGCUUCCCGCGCAUGCGCAGCCUGGGCGCCCACAGGAGGAGGGCGCACCCAGCAGCAGCGCCCCACGGGGCUGGCGCACGGCCUGGAUCAACCGGCCACUCGCGCCGCCCGGCUGAGUCACAGGCUGAUGGGGAGAGAGCAGCAGACGCCCCACCCGGACCCUGAGGUCGCAUGGCAGAAAGAGAAGGGCAGCCUGGGCCCUGGCACACAUACUCCAGCUGCAAAGAUGCCAACGCAGUGAAUCGCCUGCCCAGGCCAGGAUCCCUAGGCUGGGUGGACAAGGGAAUGCGAUUCUCGUCUUUCAUGGCAUCGUAGAGUUGGAAGGGCUCCACAGGUCAUCCAUCCCAACCCGCUGCAAUACACCUUUCUCAUUGUC